AUGAAUCAGAAAAUAAAAAUUGCCUUUAUACACCCUGACUUGGGAAUUGGUGGCGCCGAAAGGCUCGUUGUUGAUGCAGCUGUAGGAUUACAAGAGAGAGGUUUUGAAGUAACCAUCUACACAAGUCAUUGCGACAGGAGUCAUUGCUUUGAGGAGAUAAAAAGUAAUAGUUUGAAGGUCGUGGUUUAUGGUGAUUUUCUUCCAACGAAUUUGGCCGGUAAGUUCUUUAUUUUGUUCUCUAAUCUUCGACAAUUGAAUCUCACAACGCAGAUGGUCCUGAAAGGUGAAGUUGGUGUACAUGAUGUGUUUAUUGUGGACCAAUUAUCCACAUGUGUUCCUCUCUUACAAAUUUUCGGGCGCAUGAAAACGCGUGUCAUGUUUUACUGUCAUUUUCCGGAUCAGCUCUUAGCCAAGAGACAAGGCUGGGUUAAAAAAUUGUACCGCGUUCCAUUCGAUCUCUUAGAGCAGGUCACAAUGGCGUUUGCAGACUCAAUCGUGGUGAACUCGGGCUUUACAAAAUCUGUUUUCCGUAAAACAUUCACUUUUCUUCAAUCUGAGCCGGAAGUCGUGUAUCCAUGUGUCAGUCUUGACCCGGUAACAAUUCCUCUUCAAGAUCAAAGUAUAUUACAAGAACUCAGGUUAGCUGAAAAUAAGUUUUACCUGAGUAUCAACCGUUUUGAGAGAAAGAAAAACAUCGAGCUUGCGCUCAAGGCCUUUGCCGAAUCGCAGGCCCCAGGGAACCGCUUCAAGUUGGUCCUAGCUGGUGGCUAUGACUACCGUAUUGAUGAAAAUAGAGAAUAUCUGAGAGAACUUGAAAAUAUCGUUAAACAAAGCGGCCUAUUUUCUGCUACCAUCCAUUUUAGCAAAGAUGUCACACCUUUGAAGUCAGAUAUUGCCUUGCAAUUGAAAAGUGCAGACAUCAUUUUUUUGACUUCCGUUUCAUCUUCCUUUAAGGAGCUUUUACUUCAAAAGAUGGAACUUUUACUUUACACACCAUCAUAUGAACAUUUUGGCAUAGUACCUCUGGAGGCCAUGAAAGCUGGGAAGCCAGUGUUAGCUGUUAGUAAUGGCGGGCCACUAGAGACAGUCGUUUCAUUAAAGCCAGGUCAAAACGACGAGGAAGCAACGGGUUGGUUGAGGCCACCAAUUGUAGAAGAAUGGGCUGCUGUGUUGAAUCAAUCCAAGGACAUUUUAAAACCGAAGACAACCAUUUUCCAUACAAACGGACCUCUCAGAGUAAAGGAGAGAUUUUCAAGAGAAGCUAUGACGCAUAGCUUCGAAGAAAACAUUCAAGAGUGCUCAUCUUGGCGCUACUACAAGGCUAGAAAGCAAAUUUUUCAAGUAAUGAGAGGAUUUAUCGCAUUUCUGCUGAUAAGUUGCCUGACAUUCCUUCCUAAAAUCUAUGCCUUUCUUUCCUUCUUCUCAAUCAUUUUUUUAUUGGAACGAGAAGCCUACCUUAUAAAUGAAUUACAUACCCACAUAGUUAAUUUCAAUAAAACACUACAGAGUCACCUCUGGUCGAUUCUAAAUAACGUUGUUUGA